CAAUAAAAUAUUUGACAACUGUCAUCUGUCAAAAUUCCAAACCGGUACAUACAUAAGAGGAAAUUUCUAAUACAUCACAUCUCCGAACACUAUUUUCACCUUACAUAAGCCACUAGCCAUUCCUCUGUCAUUUCGGUCAUAUCGUGAAAAAUUGCUUGAACGAAAAUGAUGCAACGCGCUGCACUAAACACCACCGCCCUUCUGGUACCCAUCGUUGAAAAUGGACUCCAGCAGCAGCGUGGUAUGGCCACCCUCAAAUCAAUUUCAAUGCGAUUGAAGUCCGUCAAGAACAUUCAAAAAAUUACGCAAUCCAUGAAAAUGGUCUCAGCUGCCAAAUACGCUCGUGCUGAACGUGAUCUAAAGCAAGCUCGUCCCUACGGCCAGGGUGCCAAGCAGUUCUUCGAAAAGACCGAAGUUACCAAUGACGAAGCCUCCGAACCCAAGAAGCUUCUGAUUGCUGUCACAUCCGAUCGUGGUUUGUGUGGAGCCGUGCACUCUGGUGUUGCUCGUGAAAUCCGUAACACUUUGGCUGUCGAUGACACCAAGACCAAAGUCAUUUGCAUUGGUGACAAGUCGCGUGCUAUUUUGCAACGAUUGUACAGCAAGAACAUAAUUCUUGUUGCCAAUGAAGUUGGUCGUUUGCCACCCACUUUCUUGGAUGCUUCUCGCAUCGCUCAUGAAGUCAUGACUUGUGGGUAUGACUUUACUGAGGGUAAACUUGUUUUCAACAAGUUCAAGUCGGUGGUUUCAUACGAAAUGAGCCUGUUGCCACUUUACAGUGCUCCAGUUGUAGAGAAAUCAGAGAAGUUGGUUGUCUAUGAUUCUUUAGAUGCUGAGGUUAUCCAAAGCUACUUGGAAUACUCGAUGGCUUCUUUGAUUUAUUACUGCAUGAAGGAGGGAGCUUGUUCAGAGCAAUCGGCACGUAUGACUGCUAUGGAUAACUCGUCGAAGAAUGCCGGAGAGAUGAUUGACAAGUUAACUUUGACUUUCAAUCGUACUAGACAGUCUGUCAUUACUGGAGAACUUAUUGAAAUUAUUUCCGGUGCUGCUGCUCUAACAUAAAUUAAAUACGAUGUUGUAAUAAGAAUUUUAAUUGUUUUUUGUCUUAAAUAAAAAUCUAACAACAACAACAAUAAAAUAUUCGAUUAGUUAUAUAAUUAUGGCGAAAAAAUGAAGACAAUUUAAAAAAAAAAGAGAACAUGAAAAGAACUCAAUGUAAUUGCAAUCCUAGAUUCAGAUUCAAUAAAUGGAAAUUACCAACAAUAAAUAAA